CCCGCGGCCGAGCGCGGCAGGGUGCGGGAGCAGCGGGGCAGCGCCGGGCUGACAGCCGCCCCCUCCGCCAGGGCCGAGGGGAGGGGCGGCACUGCCCCCGCGCCGCCCGCCCCGGCCUGGGGAGGACCGUGUGAAAAUGAGGCCGGGGCUCUGGGGCCGGGCGGGGCCGGGCCGGGGGUGUCAGAGGCGGCGGGCAGGGCGCCCGCACACACCUCCCCGAGCCGCCGCCGCGCUCGCCGCCCGCGCUCCGCCGCCUCCGCCCGCAGCCGCCGCGCCGCGUAUGGGGGUCGCGGGCCGCGGUUGCCCCGGGGCGGCCCGGGCGCUGCUGCCUCUGCUCUUGCCGCUGCUGCUGACGGCGGCCGCCCCGCCCGGCCGCGGCCGCGGCCCGGGGCCGCCGGAGGAUGUGGACGAGUGUGCCCAUGGGCUAGAUGACUGCCACCCUAAUGCCCUGUGUCAGAACACACUCACCUCCUACAAGUGCUCCUGCAAGCCUGGCUACCAAGGGGAGGGCAGGCAAUGUGAGGACAUUGAUGAAUGUGAAAACGAGCUCAAUGGAGGCUGUGUCCAUGACUGUUUGAAUAUUCCAGGAAAUUACCGCUGUACUUGUUUUGAUGGCUUCAUGUUGGCUCAUGAUGGUCACAAUUGCCUUGAGGGUCUGAGCUGCAUGAAUAAGAAUCAUGGCUGUAGUCACAUCUGCAAGGAGGCCCCAAGGGGCAGCAUCGCCUGCGAGUGCCGGCCUGGUUUUGAGCUGGCCAAGAACCAGAGAGACUGCAUCUUGACCUGUAACCAUGGAAACGGCGGUUGCCAGCACUCCUGCGAGGACACAGCUGAAGGCCCAGAGUGCAGCUGCCAUCCACAGUAUAAGAUGCUCGCAGAUGGGAGGAGCUGCCUGGAGCGAGAGGACACUGCCCUGGAGGUGCCAGAGAGCAAUGCCACAUUAGUGGCGGAUGGGGAUAAACGGGUGAAACGGAGGCUGCUGAUGGAAACGUGUGCUGUCAACAAUGGAGGCUGCGAUCGCACCUGUAAGGAUACCUCGACAGGUGUUCAUUGCAGUUGUCCCGUUGGAUUCACUCUCCAGGUGGACGGGAAGACCUGUAAAGAUAUUGAUGAGUGCCAGACCCACAAUGGAGGCUGUGAUCAUUUCUGCAAAAACACCGUGGGCAGUUUUGACUGCAGCUGCAAAAAGGGAUUUAAAUUAUUAACCGAUGAGAAAUCCUGCCAAGAUGUGGAUGAAUGCUCUUUGGACAGGACCUGUGACCACAGCUGCGUCAACCACCCGGGCACAUUCGCAUGUGCUUGCAGCACAGGGUAUAUGCUCUAUGGCUUUACCCACUGUGGAGACACCAAUGAGUGCAGCGUCAACAAUGGAGGCUGUCAGCAGGUCUGUGUCAACACAGAGGGCAGCUAUGAAUGCCAGUGCCACCCUACAUACAAGCUCCACUGGAAUAAAAAAGACUGUGUGGAAGUGAAAGGGGUCCCGCUCACUACGCCCACUAGUGUAUCAUCUCACGUGUCCCUGCACUGCAGUAAGAGUGGUGGAGGAGAAAGGUGCUUCCUGAGAUGUCACUCUGGCAUUCGCCUCUCUUCAGGACUGCAAGAAGCCUACUCUGUCACCUGUGGCUCUUCCUCUCCUCUUGGGAGCAAACAGCAAAAAUCAAAUGACUCUGCUUUCGGGGAUGUCGCCACCAUCAGGACAAGUGUAACCUUUAAGCUAAAUGAAGGCAAGUGUAGUUUGAAAAAGGCUGAGCUGUUUCCCGAGGGUCUGCGAUCAGCACUACCAGAGAAGCACAGCUCAGUAAAAGAGAGCUUCCGCUACACAAACCUAACAUGCAGCUCCGGCAAGCAAGUCCUGGCAGCCCCUGGCCGACCAAGCGCCUCUAAGGAAAUGGUUAUCACUGUUGAGUUUGAACUUGAAACUAACCAAAAGGAGGUGACAGCUUCAUGCGAUCUGAGCUGCGUCGUGAAGCGAACAGAGAAGCGGCUCCGGAAAGCUGUCCGCACGCUCCGGAAGGCUACCCACCGGGAGCAGUUUCACCUCCAACUCUCAGGGAUGGACCUUGAAGUGGCUAAAAACUCUCCCAGAAUAUCUGAACACCGAGUGGAGUCCUGUGGACUGGGCCAGGGCCACGUAGGAGAUCAGUGUGUCAGUUGCAGGGCUGGGACAUAUUAUGAUGGAGUACAAGAACGCUGCCUUUUAUGUCCAAGUGGAACCUUCCAAAAUGAAGAAGGACAAAUCACAUGUGAACCGUGCCCCAGACCAGAAAAUCCCGGGUCUCUGAAGACCUCAGAAGCUUGGAAUGUGUCUGAAUGUGGAGCUUUGUGCCAACCUGGUCAAUAUUCUGCAGAUGGCUUUGCACCCUGCCAGCUCUGUGCCCUGGGCACAUUCCAGCCUGAAGCCGGCCGUACUUCCUGCUUCCCCUGUGGAGGAGGCCUCCCCACCAAAUACCUGGGAGCCACUUCCUUUCAGGACUGUGAAACCAGAGUUCAAUGUUCUCCUGGACAUUUCUACAACACUACUACCCACCGCUGUAUUCGUUGUCCAGCAGGCACCUAUCAGCCUGAAUUUGGAAAAAAUAAUUGUGUUUCUUGCCCAGGAAAUACAACAACUGACUUUGAUGGCUCCACAAACAUAACCCAGUGUAAAAACAGAAGAUGUGGAGGGGAGCUGGGAGAUUUCACUGGGUACAUCGAAUCCCCAAACUACCCAGGCAAUUACCCUGCCAACACCGAGUGCACCUGGACCAUCAACCCGCCCCCCAAGCGUCGCAUCUUGAUUGUGGUCCCUGAGAUCUUCCUGCCCAUAGAGGACGACUGUGGAGACUACCUGGUGAUGCGGAAAACUUCUUCGACCAAUUCUGUGACCACAUAUGAAACCUGUCAGACUUACGAACGCCCCAUCGCCUUCACCUCCAGAUCAAAGAAGCUGUGGAUUCAAUUUAAGUCCAAUGAAGGGAACAGUGCCAGAGGGUUCCAGGUCCCGUACGUGACGUAUGAUGAGGACUACCAGGAGCUCAUCGAAGACAUAGUCCGAGACGGCAGGCUCUAUGCAUCUGAGAACCAUCAGGAGAUCCUUAAGGAUAAGAAACUGAUCAAGGCUCUGUUUGAUGUCCUGGCCCAUCCCCAGAACUAUUUCAAGUACACGGCCCAGGAGUCCCGGGAGAUGUUUCCUAGAUCCUUCAUCCGAUUGCUACGGUCCAAAGUGUCCAGGUUUUUGAGGCCUUACAGAUGAGUCUGCUCACGUGCCUUCAGUACAAUAUCUGCUGUGGGCUGGUAGGAUGCAGCUGUCGGCUUCGGCAGCCAGCACAGCUGGUGUUGCUGCCUCCAGUAGCAGUGACUUGCUGGAGUUCAAUUUUUAUAGAUAAUACAGAUAUUUUGGUAAAUGGAACUUGGUUUUUCUUUCCCAGCAUUGUGUGGACGGAGAGAGGGCUUGAGUCACACCACUUCUCAUUGCUGUGCUGUGAGAGAGGUCUUGGACACACCUGAGCUGGACUGCAGUCAGCUCAGGUGAGACUUGCCUGCUCCUCCUGAUUCUCACUCCUCAAGAGGGCUGUGGUGGGAAGGAGGCCGCAGAAGGGGCUGCCUUGCCUGAAACGUCAGCCUCCUCCAAACCAGCCCUCCCUUAGGGAGCCCUCUGCACCCAGAUGCAGGCUCUGCAGAGCAGGAAAGGAGAGAGGAAGGGAGGGAGAGCCCUCCAGAUGCCAGCUACUCACCUGAGACCUGGGAAGGCUCUGCUUCUCCACAGCCUGUAUGACCUAAGUUUGAUCCCAGGAGCUUGAGUUCUAAGGAGUGGUCAUC